GGAAGGAUUCGCUGUUAAAUUGCUCGAUUACCACCAGUCCUCUGCGCACGUCGACAGGAUUCCCAUCAACCUAAGUAGGAGCUGCCGGACAAGUCAAUGAAGGUGCUUCGAUGAAGUGACGCCUUCGUGCGACAGCGACACUUUCCUCCUUGUUUCCUCCUUUCCGGUCGGAUCAAGCGAAGCGGCGAAGAAACUUCAAGUCCAGUCCGUGAGACCGUGAUCGGGCUUCGGCCUCAGGUGCAUCUCUGAGGCGGAGCGACGCGGAGGUCCAGGUUUUGUGGAGGCAUGGACUGUAACUGCGUCAGUGAUCUGCUGCUCCCCCCGGUGCCCGCCCUCUGGACGCCAGGGAUCGCCUUCCCAGAGUGGGCCUACAAGCCCGAGUCGAGCCCCGGCUCCAGACAGAUCCAGCUGUGGCACUUCAUCCUAGAGCUCCUGCAGAAGGAAGAGUACCAAGGGGUGAUAGCCUGGCAGGGAGACUACGGGGAGUUUGUCAUCAAGGACCCAGACGAGGUGGCCCGACUGUGGGGGAUAAGGAAAUGCAAACCUCACAUGAACUAUGACAAACUGAGCAGGGCUCUGAGGUAUUACUACAACAAGCGUAUUUUGCACAAAACCAAAGGGAAGCGUUUCACCUACAAGUUUAACUUCAGUAAGGUUGUGCUGGUGAACUACCCCAUUCUGGACAUGGCCAGCUCGCCCUUCUUCCUUGCCCAGAACCAUUUCAACGGGGGCUCCACCACACCAGACUGCAGCCCAGAGGCCAUACAGUCCUUGUUUCCUCGUUUGCCAGACACCAGCAGAGGAACCUCCCUUUUCGAUCGGGGGACCACAGCACCAGGACCUGAAGGGGACAAACUGAGACUGGACUCAUUUCCUUUCCUAAGUUCAGGUGCACCGUGCUAUUCAAAACCCCCGUCCCUGCUGGGCCCGUACCCUCGCAACCCACCCUUUGACUACCCCUGGGGCUUCAACCCCUACCUCCCAGGGGCCUUCUCUCUCAACAACUGCCCCAAACUGCCCCCUGGCUCCCUCUACCCCUCCCAGUUUUACCCCAACCCCUUGCAGAGCAGCCUUUCACAGCUGCCUCACCCCUUCUCCUCCCUGCUCCCGCCUGGAGAGGCAGGUGGGGGUGAGAGGGGAGCAGCGGGGCAAACUGGCGGGACAAAUGGCACAGCGGGUGGUCAGCCGGCCAGACUCUGCCUGCCGCCAUACCAGGGCAGCCUGUCGAUGGGUCGGACAGACAUUGGCAGCGGGCCGACACUGGGAGAAAGGGUGGAGCCCAAUCCUCCGGGUCUGGGGUUGACCUUGGGCCUGGGAGCGGUCAGCUUAGGAGCUGGGACUGGGACAGACCAGCAGAGCCCCACAGAGAGAAGAGGAGGGGUGAAGCAGGACCCAGAGUCAGACUCAGACCUGGAGAUAACAGAUCUGAGCGACUGCAGCUCGGACAAUGAAAACGAGCAUGAAUUUGGCAUUCGGAAGGAAUCCAGCCAUGCGAACCGAUCACAGCUUGUGUUAGAUGGGAAGAAAGGAAGCGCGUUGCCUCCCAUCUCCUCUCUUCCUCCACCAGCGUCCCCACAUCCACUCAAGAGCCUGAUGCCCAUUACUCCUCCUCCCCCAUCCCUGCCUAGGUCACUCUCACCUUCCAUGGCUCUGCAUGAAAGACACAGGGAGACAGAGACUCUCAAACUGAUACACAGCUAAGACAUUUUCUGAUGUGUCCACCAUCUUGCCAGUCUAUGGUCUGAUAACUCUCUUUUUCUCUCCUUCUGUUUCUCUGAGAUGAAUUUUCCACUUUAAAUCAUCAGAUCUUUUCCAGCCCUUUUCCAGGAAUGGCAGUUAACUUCUUUUACUUCUAAAACUGCAGUUUUCCUGUUUGCUGUGCAAGUUUUGAGCUUGCCAGGAGUCCAUUACACUACUGAUUCAUCCAUCUUAGAAUAUAUGGGGUGUACAGUUUUUAGAGUGUCGGCUGUCUCGUCCUUUUUAUUUUGAUGUCUCGCACCAAAUGGUUUGUAGAUUUGCUUUAUGCAUUGCCAGCAGUAGUCUACAAUUUGCUGUCUGCAGCUGAGCUACGAAAGAAGGCAUCGAGGUGGGAAAUUACAACACAGCAAUUCCUGCCUUGACAAACAUUAACAAACAACAUCCCUAAACUAACAGAACAACAAAUGAUGCUCAGAUCGAUCCAAUUUUACAGAUUUGUCCUGUAAUUCUACAGAUUUAGACUAUAAAUAAUUACUGUGGCUUUUAAGACAUGGUCAAAUACUGCCACCUAGUGGUCAUUUCACUCAACGUCGUUUUCAAAGAACUGCAAGUGUGUGAGUGAAGCUACUGCCCUGAGUUCAUUUUGCACUGUUUUUUAAAAUAUAUAUAUUGUUUAUUGUGGGUUAAUUUAAAUGUUAACAAUCCAUCUGUUCAAUAGUGCUAACUGUGACAGUCUGUGCGUAUUUACUUUGUCUUGGUGCACAUUUUCUAACAGGAAAGAAAAAGAGAGCAGGAGGGAGCUGGACCAAUCUAGAAUUUGUAUGAAUAUUUCUGUAUAUAUUUUAAUAUGGUGUACAUGACAUUUAAUUAUAAUUCACUAUGAUAAGAUUUAGCUGUAUUGUUGUGAUUUUAUUCAGUAUUUAAACAUGUUGGAAAAUUAUAAGCUUAGGUGUAUCAAAAUUGAAAUUAUUAAUGGCAGAAGAUCUGCACUCUGAAGACUCUUUUUUUAAUGUUGAGGACAGAGCUCACGUUGGGAUUUGUCUCUGAUUUCCUCAACCCCAGUUAAUUGUGCCCUUUGGUCAUUUUGUUCUUGCCAGAUGCCCAGUGUACAAACCCUUUGGGUUCAAAAACAUGCCGGCAGACUUAUUUUUCUAGUUAGCAUUCGCCCAAUGUUCCUGUACUGUAAUUAAUCUAAUGUGAAUAAUAUUGGUCUUUGCAUUUUCUUCUUUAAAUCCUCCCCCCAAAAUCUGUUUUGAUUAUUUUUCAAUCGAUUCUUUUUGUCCAUGCCAGCAGCAGAGCAAUUUGUUUUGCUUGAGGACACUAAACAGUGGUGUGGGGGGGAAUACUUACAAAAAAAACUGUACCUUUCCUCUCCCCAGAUCUUAUGACCAACAUCCUUUCUACAGCCCUGUUUCUCAGCGUGGAGUGAACAGUGAAUCAUAUUGUACAGUUUCAUAGCCUUUAUGCCGAUGGUUUGUCAAACAGUGGCAGUAUACCGAUUAUUUGUGAAAGCUCUAUUGUAAAGUUAAUGUAAAACUCUAUGUUUGUUGAGUUGCUGCGGGAAAGGCCUCCAGUCACCUCCACAGGAAGAACACUAACAGCUGUAAAUACUAUUUCCUCGUGUGUGUGUGUGUAUGUGUGUACACAUCCAGAAAUGACAGUGCAGUGGUUUUACCUGUCAUCUUUCUUUGUUUUACUGUAAAGAGGAAAAAUGGAAAG